UUUUAACCUUCAAUGUUGGUCGUGUUUUUGUUAAGGAGCAUUGAAGAUACUGUUUUAGAGCUUAACAUAGAAAAAUUUUGUCCAUCCAAUCCACGCCAUUUCAAUGUUCUAAACCAGGCAGACCAGCGUCUGCAGCUGAAGCACCUCCUGGACCGUGUGACUUAAAGCCCUGGUCCCAAAAUAUCAAACCACAUGCUUUGACCGAUCCGGACUCUCAUGAUCUCAUCUUCAUGUAACCCGACCGUUUCCCUAUCUCCGUUUCCUCCCUCAAAUUUCUUGGAAAAAGAAAAGAAAACCGCUAGAAAAUUAAACUAAAAAAAAACCAAUAAUUUUUUUUUAAUAAUUCACAUUUAAUAAACCCAAAAAAGAAAAAAAAAUCCCGCGCAAUUCCCUUCUCACUCUCUAUCCCAAUCAAAUUCCCCAAUCUAGGUCUUAAAUUAGAGCUUUCUUUUACUGAUUCUUGAAUAUUCUUUCGUUUUAAUUAACCCUAGGAAUAACAUUUGGGUGACCCGACCCUGAAUUCUUCAUGGAAGAUAAGCGUGGUGGUGGAGGAGACCGUAGUGGGGGUGGUGAGCCCUCGAGAGUGGUGGCACCGAAGGUGAUGAAGGCUGGUGACCGGCAGGUUUUUACCGUUGAGCUCCGACCAGGAGAGACCACGUAUGUUUCGUGGAGGAAGCUUGUCAAAGACUCCAACCGGGCCAAUGGAUCUUCUGCCGCUGCCGCUGCGGCUGUUGUGGCGGCGCCAGCGCCUGAGCCGCCUCUCAAUGCCCACCCUAACCUCCAGUCUCGCAUCGCCCCUGGAGAAAAAGAUGAAACAGAAGGGAAAGAUGAACCACCUCCAAAUCGUUUCAGUGCUGUUAUUGAGAAGAUUGAACGUCUUUACAUGGGUAAAGAUAGCAGUGAUGAGGAAGAACUGGAUGAAACUCCGGAUGAUGAUCAGUACGAUACAGAAGACUCUUUUAUUGAUGAUGCUGAGCUGGAUGAGUAUUUUGAGGUUGAUAAUUCGGCCAUAAAACAUGAUGGAUUCUUUGUUAAUAGGGGAAAGUUGGAAAGAGUAAAUGAAACUGCCGUGAUACCUAACCAGCUGCCCAAGAAAAGGCGAAGAAAAGAUGCUUCAAAACCUCCUGGCGAGAGUGACGAUGGUCGUAUGUCAAAUAAACAUUUAAGGGCAACAAAGAUUACUGCAGGGAUGGCUGAACCAUCUCUUGGGAAGAAUAAUUCUACUUCUUCUCUGAAAUUGACUGCUUUACAUGAACGAUAUGGGGAUAUAAAAGCUCAGAAUCCAUUAUCAGUUUCUGGUGUUUCUUCCAAGAAGAAAUCUUCUGAGACAAGACUAGCAUUGGAUUCUUCUUCAUAUUUGAAAGUUCCAAAUGGUGAUAUUUCUGUACAUUUGGAAGAUGUGAAGGAUAUUGAGAAGUCAAAGAUGGUAUUUCUGCAGUCAAAAAAUGUUGUCCGUAAGAAAUUGAAAGAUGCAACUGGAUCCUCAGAUGUUUUGCAUCAGGGAUACCAUGGUAAAAAUCCUUACGCUCAAUCCAAAUCUCAACAUGGAAAACCAAUCAGCAAUGUUGAUGAGCUUGAACAAUCAGUUCGACUGAGAGAAAAAAAUGGCAUCCGUGAACUGCCUGAUGUUAAUGUUUCAGAUGGCAAACAUGCUAUGCGGACAGCAAAAUAUUCACACUUGCCGAAAAAGGAUGGUUCUACUCUUAGGCCCAAAAGUUCCAUGAUUGAAAAGGCCAUUAGGGAGCUAGAGAAGUUGGUUGCAGAAUCAAGGCCGCCUGCUAUGGAAAAUCAAGAGGCUGAUACUUCAUCCCAGGGGAUUAAGAGGAGAUUGCCUAGAGAAAUAAAGCUCAAGCUUGCUAAAGUUGCUAGAUUAGCGCAGGCAAGCCAGGGGAAAGUUUCUAAGGAGUUACUAAAUCGCCUAAUGAGCAUCCUUGGUCAUUUAAUACAGCUAAGAACACUUAAGAGGAACCUUAAAGUCAUGAUUAGUAUGGGUGUGUCGGCAAAGCAAGAAAAAGAUGCUAGAUUUCAACAGAUAAAGAAGGAAGUCAUUGAGAUGAUAAAGACAAGAAUUCCUUCUUUUGAGACAAAGAUAUUGGAGCCACGAGCUGGAGCAUCUGAUGAUUUUCAAGAAAUUGGUUCUGAAGAAAGAGUUUUUAGAAGGAAAUUUAGCAUGGACGCAUCAUUGGAGAACAAGAUUUGUGAUCUUUAUGACCUCUAUGUAGAUGGAUUGGAUGAAGAUGCAGGUCCACAAAUCAGAAAGCUUUAUGUAGAGCUUGCUCUGCUGUGGCCAAAUGGUAUGAUGGACAACCAUGAGAUUAAACAUGCAAUUUGUAGGGCAAAGGAAAGACGGAGAGCAAGGUACAAUAGACGCAAGGAUCAAGAGAAAAUCAAGAGGAAAAAGAUGUUGGCACCAAGAUUAGAGGAGAGUGUUCCAGUGGAGUCUGCCUCAAGUGCUCAGCCACAGCUCACGCAAGAGAGGUUGGCUACUGAUUCUGGAAGUCAUAUUUUUCCUUCAACUAAUAAGUCAAUUUCACGAACAACAGCAGCAGCUACUGUACGGAUUCCCAGUCCCUCAACAAAUGUUUCCAGUCUGGACAGACUAAAACAGGAAAAAUUAAAGGGCAUUUCAAGCAACGGCAUGGAUGAAAUAAAGGUGACAGAUGGCUCACUGCCAAAGAAAAAGGUGAAAAGGAAGCCUGAAAUGGAGAUGGACGACUCUCGUUUCCGUUCAGAGAAGUUACUUCUGCAACAGGAUGACGACAGGCACAAGUCCAUGAAGCAGUCUGUGAAUCUUCCCCUGAAAUCAAACCUUCCGUCAACUGCUACAAGUUUCGAAUAAUCAACCUAACAUAAUGUCGUCCAUUUAGGAGUUCACACCAUAAAAAAAAUGUGGUAGGUUCCUUUUUGUUCUUUCCUUCCCUACUCAUUCUCACCUUUUAAAAUUUUAAUUCUUUUGUUAUGGUGAGCUUCAUCCCUUAUGACAUACUGAUUUGUCACCUUUUCUGCUAGUACCAUUUUUGUAAUUAAAUGUCCUUGCUCUUGCUUGCAGUCAAGUGCUAUAUGUUAAAUAGGAGAUACCAAAAAAGGUUGUAAUAUUCUCGUGCAAAUGUAUUUUCUAGGCAACUCUUCUUUCAGAUGGAACCUUUAGAUAAUUUGCAAAUGUAUUUUCUAGCCCUUUUUUUUUUUUUUGGUCUCUAAUUGCACUGUGAGUUGCAUUUGAAUAGCACUUCCAAGUGCAGUUGAGGGUUUUCAAUUACACCAUCUCUUCAAUUGAAGACAAGAAGGGAAAUGGUCUGAUGGUUAAUUUGAUCUUAGGACAGUUCGAUUGUAUUAAUGUAAAAUUAAAACAAAAAACUAUCUUUUGAUUAUUACAGUACAGUUGACUAUCA